AUGGCGGUCAUUGGAGGCAACACUGGCGAGCCUAACACCUUCACUGGUGUGAACAUUGCCGAUUUGACUGGCGGUGUUUUCAACGCCGCGACGCUCCUCGAGGGCAACAACGCUAUGUGCUUCGCAUUCCAGGCCGUACACUCUGCUGCGCCGGACAUUCUCAAGGGCUUGCUCGGCAAUGUUGUGCUUGCCGUCUCGAAGUUGACUGAUGCUUUGGACCCGAUUCUGGCGCAGCUUGGAUGUCCGCAGAUGGCCAAGUACGACAAGAGCUUGCUUGCAAAGUUCCCUGGUGCUGGGGCUGGGUUGUAA